AGCUUCUCCUUCCACCUGGCCAAGACGACGACCACGACGACCAUCCACAGCUGCAAAUGGGUUACGAAGAGCAACUUGUCAAGCCAGAGGACCGCAAGGGUGAUGCGCUUGCUUUGUAUGCCGCUUUCGGUGCUACAGGCCUCUUCCUACUCGUCUCCUGGAUCACUGUCCUCAUCAACGAUCCUACAAAGGUCCCUUGGUUCUCUUUACACCCGACGCUUCAGUCCCUGGCUCUGAGUUUCAUCGUCUACGGUAUCCUGACUCUCCAGCCAACCUCUCAGCCAAAAACCAAAGCCGCUGGUCUGAGCCGUCAUCAACUUGCCAUCGUUGUCUGCGCAUUCCCGAUAGUCACCAUUGGUACGUUUGCCGUCUGGUGGAACAAGCAUAUCCGCGAUCACGAUCACUUUACCACUUGGCACGGAAAGUUGGGCUUGUUAUGUAUCUGUUGGGUGCUCCUCCAAAUUGCCAUUGGCGGAGGCAGUGUGUGGUUUGGCGGCGCUGUCUUUGGCGGAGGAAUGAAAGCGAAGCUGAUUUGGCGAUACCAUAGGAUAUCCGGUUACAUCUUGUUCCCUCUCUUACUCUUGACGGCCAAUUUUGGGGGCUUGUAUUCGAAUUGGGGAACAAAGUAUUUGUCGCUGCCCAUACGCGUAAUUGUGUAUGCUAUUGCGCCGCCUGUAAUUCUCCUUGCUAUAUACAUUCGCGUCAGACCAUCCAAAAUGAAUAUAUUCUAGAAUAUAACAAUAUAGAUUUUCUCCCAUGAUUUAAUACGCCUCAAUUCGCUGCAGCACAUCCGUAUCCUCAGACUCGAAGCAAACAUAUACAUGCUGUUGAGGGGCAACCUGAGAAUGGCGCGCUCUACGACCUCUCGUCAUUCCUUCGUGUCGCCGCCACAGUGUAGAACGGGCCGCUAAUCAUCUUCUUUAAUACGACUCGUUCAACAGUCUUCUGCGAAAUGCACCUUGGUGGACAGCUGCGCCUGUGUCGUCCCUGACGAUUUCCUACUUUCCCUUGA